AGACGACAAAGAAAUCUAAUGCAACUUCCGUUCCUUAGCUAUCACACGAGGUUGAGGUCAUUCGUAACGAAGACAGAGAAUUUCAAGUAAAGUUUAAAUAUAUUUAUAAAUCUGUCACACUGGACCGAACUGAAGAAACAGAAAAUAAGGUCAACGGGCCGAUAGGGAUGUCAAGUGGCUUGAUCUUAGUUGGUUUAGGAUUAGCUACAGUUGGUUUUGCUGGCCGUUAUCUAUUACGAUAUGGUAAGGUGGCUGGACAAACUCUUAAGCACCAGAUUGAUUCUCUACCAGUCAGUGCUCCUAGUAAAUAUUAUAAAGGAGGGUUUGAACCAAAAAUGACAAAAAGAGAAGCCGGAUUGAUCUUAGGAGUAAGCCCAUCUGCACCUAAAAAUAAAUUGAAAGAUGCCCACAAAAGAAUAAUGCUUUUGAACCAUCCCGACAGAGGUGGUUCACCUUAUAUGGCGGCAAAAAUCAACGAAGCUAAAGAUUACCUGGAAAGUUCAAGACGAUAAUUUUCAAGUUGACUAAUCAUUUUUGUUUCCAGAAUAAUAACUUGAAUUGAAACUCUAUGAAAAUAUAUUUAUGUUUGUUAUUGCACUUCUUCUAUUCUACAACUCAUAAGCUAGGAUGUUCAUCGGAUAUUAUAAGAUGAAGAAAACAAAUUAUUUUUCAUUUGAUUGAACUAUGUUUUCAUUGUAUUAAUUCAAUUUGUUGUUUUCAUUCAUGAUAAUAUAUAUUUGUACAUGAAGAAUUUUUUCUUUAAUUAUUAAAGUUCAAUUACGCUUAAAGGAAGGAAAAUGCUUUCCUUAA